AAACCAAUAUGUUUCUUAAAUUUCUCAAAAUAAACGCAAGAAUCUUCAUCUUCUAUAAGGCCCAUACUUCUACAGAUGGCAUCCUUUGACAACUUGUGUUUAUCGCAAAAUUCGUCUUAAUACCUGGAAAAUGGUAAUUAUGAAAAAUGCUUAAAUAUCAUCAAUCAAAAUGUAAGAACGAAUGAUUUUCAGUGUUGACAUCGUUUUAAUAUCAAUCUAUUUAGUAAAUAUAUUUUCGUGCAGAUUUUAAAAGUUUAAUAUAUAUAAAUAUGCAUAAUAAAAGUGAUGGUUUCUCAUUUGGUUUUGCUACUGCCAGUGGUAAUUCAAUCCAUGUGUCUGAGAGAGCUUUAUCAAAAGCAAGAGAACUUUUUAAUAAUGAGUUUAAAGAAAGUGACAACUCUGAACAAAAAUUCAAAGCUGAAAAUGAAAUUAAUACAUUUAAUGCGCAAAUACCAGAUGUUGGAUUUCAAACUGCAAGUGGUCAACGCAUUAAUGUGACCAGUGAAGCACUAUCAAAAGCAAAAGAACUUUUUAAUAAUGAGCUUAAAGAAAGUGACAAUUCUGGACAAAAAUUCAAAGCUGAAAAUGAAAUUAAUACAUUUAAUGCGCAAAUACCAGAUGUUGGAUUUCAAACUGCAAGUGGUCAACGCAUUAAUGUGACCAGUGAAGCACUAUCAAAAGCAAAAGAACUUUUUAAUAAUGAGCUUAAAGAAAGUGACAACUCUGAACAAAAAUUCAAAGCUGAAAAUGAAAUUAAUACAUUUAAUGCGCGAAUACCAGAUAUUGGAUUUCAAACUGCAAGUGGUAAAUGCAUUAAUGUGACCAAUGAAGCACUAUCAAAAGCAAGAGAACUUUUUAAUAAUGAGCUUAAAGAAAGUGACAAUUCUGGACAAAAAUUCAAAGCUGAAAAUGAAAUUAAUACAUUUAAUGCGCAAAUACCAGAUGUUGGAUUUCAAACUGCAAGUGGUAAAUGCGUUAAUGUGACCAAUGAAGCACUAUCAAAAGCAAAAGCAAUGUUUCAAGAAGAAGUCUCCAAAGAUUUUGAAACUAUUCUUGCAUUACCUAAACCAUUGCAGAAGCGAAAAAUUAAAGAUGUAGAUGACAGUGUAUCUUUGAUCAACAAAGCAAAAUCUAGUCAGUUUAAGAAAUUACGAUUUAGUAAUGAGUUUCAAGUCUUAAAAUCUACUCAUAGAAACUCAUUGAAUAAUGAAGAAAAAGGAAAUCAAAACACAUCUUCAGUAUCUAUGCAAGUAACUUUAAAUUGUGAUGUUGAACUUAAAUUAAAAGAUAAUAUUAUGAUUAAUAUUACUGAAACAAGCAAGAAAAGUGAUGAAAUAAUAGAUAACUAUGUAAUUUCACAUGAAAUAGCUAGUGCAGUUGCACUUUUAGCUGAUGAAAAGGAUUUAGAUUUCACGGAGCAACAAAUAUCUCCUAAGGAAAUUGAAAAAAAUGAUGAAACUGUAAGUGUUCCAUCUAGCCCAGUAAUAGGAGGACAAUUUAUUCGUAAAAAGCGAAGGAGUACAGGUAGAAGAGAAACUACAAAUACCUCAAAAAAUAAAGUAGAUAAGUUGGCAUGUUUAUGUAAUAAAGCAGAUAAAUUUAUAGAUAAUGUAGAAAAGUUAAAUGAUGAUUAUGCAAGUCUGAACCAAUAUAUAAAUAAAAAAGAUAAUUGUUUAACAGAGAAGCAAGAUUUAACAGAUAAACAGGAUCAGUAUGACUCUGCAGUCGUUAAUGAUUUUGGUGACUCUCAAUUAAUGAUAGACUUUAUAAAUCAAUCUGUAACUGUAUUAGAGAAACGUUUAGAAGCUGCUUUAGAACAAGAAAAACAAAUUAGUAUGAAGCAAAAAAGUAAGCCUAAACCAACAAUCGGUAAAUUAUAUUUUCACAGAAAGAGUAAUACCAAUAAUCGUAUAUCAUGGAAAGAAAUUAGUAAGGGAGAAAAACCUAUUCUAUGUACAGAUGAAGAGCUUGUUAACAGAAAAUUACCACCUGAAAUUUUGGAUCUAAGAGCUGAUAAUGCGACAAUGUAUAAAUUUCAUUGUGCAGAUUUUUAUGGGCAAAAUAUUGUGCAAAAUAAUAUUGAUGGUAUAAAAUUGGAAGAUGGAGCUUGUUUAAUUUUGGAUGAAAAUGGUUAUGUAGGAAUAACAGAAAUUAAAAGAUCUUUUUUAGCAAGUCCAGGUGUAGAUCCUAACUUACUUCCCAUUGGUUGGGUAGAAAAUCAUUACAAAUGGAUUGUAUGGAAAUUAGCAUCAAUGGAUAGAAUAAAACUAGGUUAUAUCAUUCUACCAAGAGCUCUAACUCCUGCCAGGGUAAUGAUGGAAUUGAAAUAUCGUUAUGACAGGGAAAUUGAUAGAUCUCAAAGAUCGGCUUUAAGAAAAAUAUUAGAGAAAGAUGAUGUUGCAACCAAGAGAAUGGUUUUAUGUGUAUCUUCUAUUAAUAAAUGUGAUGAUUCUGAUAUCGAAAACAAAAAUCAAUUAAAAAUAUCAUCCCAAAAAUUGAUAUUAACAGAUGGAUGGUAUAGUAUUCAAGCUUCAAUUGAUCAGGCAAUGAUGAAACAUAUAAUAUCUGGCAAAAUAAAAGAGGGAACAAAAUUAUUAACAUAUGGAUCUGAAUUAUUAAAUUGUGAUCAAGGAUGCUCACCUUUGGAAAUUGCAGAGAAUGUAUGUUUAAAAUUACAUACAAAUUCAACAAGAAGAGCAAGAUGGGAUAUGAAGUUAGGGUAUACAGUACCAUCGGGACCAAUGUGCACUAAAUUAAAGACCAUUUAUCCAAAUGGUGGCUUAAUUGGGAAAAUUAAAGUUAUAGUUGCGAGGGUAUAUCCAAUGUUAUAUCAUGAGAAAACUUCAACAGGAGAAUCUAUUUUUCGAAAUGCUAGAUGCGAAGAAAAAGCUAGCAUUAUCUAUGAAAAGGAAUGUCGGUCAAUGAUAGAAGCAUUUUAUGCUAAAGCAGAGAAAUAUUUUCAUACUGGAAAAUGCAAAAGUAAUUUAAAUACAGACAGUAUCGAUUUAGCAGCAGUCGAAUGGAAUGAAGAUUGCGACAGAUUAUUUAAAGAGGAAUUUCGUUCGGAACAAGAGCUAGAGCAAUUAAAGAAUGAUUGUCUCAUGAAACAGGAGAAAUUUAGACAAAAAUUAGAGUCUCGAUUACAAGAAAACUUACCUCUACCGCGACAGGUUACACCUCUUUUAAAAAUUCGCGUAAUUGAGGAAGAAACAAAUGCUAUUCUUUCAGUUUGGUCUCCCAGCGAAGAAGUUAUAGAUAUUUUAAAAGAAGGAAAUUGUAUAUCACUUUGUAAUGUUAUGCCCUCGGCAAAAAGAGGUAAUGAGUUGCUAUUAACUGCAAAUCGAAAUGCAUCAUUUAUCCAAGUAAACAUUUCUGAUAAUAGUUUUCGUCUGAGAACAUAUACAGCAUUAUGUGAAAUAAGUAAGCCAACCUUCACUCCAGCUUAUGGAGAAUUUGAUACAGUAGGAAUUAUUGCUUCUAUUGGAAACGAACCCUAUGGUAUGAAAAAUUUUCAAGCUGUGUAUUUAGCAUAUCCACAUGCGGAUUCUGUGUCUUCAUAUUUAUCAAUACUCUUUUGGCAUGGGAUAUCUUCUUUUGGGUAUGCAGAAAUUUUGACUGUAGGAUCUCUUGUUGCCUGUGGCAAUUUAGAAUGGCGUCGAGCUACAUCAUGGAAUAUACCAGUGGCAUAUUGCACAGAACGAAGUAUUUUUACGCAUAAUCCUCGAGACAGUCACCUUCAGGAACCUUUAGAAAAUUUAAAACGUUUGAUAACGGAUAUUAGUACGUAUAUAGAUACCUGUGUGGUAGAAAUUUCGGAGAAAGUACAAAAGAAAUCAAUGAUGAGAAAUAAUUUCAACAGAGAUGUAUCAAAUGAAAAUAUUAAUGCUAAUAAGCAAUUUAAUGAUCAUGUAUAUCAGGAAUUCCACGGAAGGAGUUUAAUAAAUAAUCAACUAGCAAAAUCUGUUGCCAUACAAAAACGGCUUGAAAAAUUACAAUCUUAUGGUGAGCCAUCUAGUCUAUCCCCAAUUACACUUAAUAACAGCUCCAAGCGAGUAUCAUUGGAGUUUCAAUCUCCCAUACAAUCAAGAAGUGGAAAAUGUACAAAAGUUCACACAGCAUUACAUGCAAGACUUACACAAAAUCCUACAUGACAGUGCAUAUUUUACAAGUUCUUUUAUCUAAGUAUGUAUUAGCUGUUUAUAGUAUACUUGUAUAAUAUAUUGUUAAGAUCCCUUAUUAUACAGGUUAAAUACUUUAAUAUUUAUUAAAUAUAUAGUAA